GGCAAGUCAAAUGUAAUACACAGUUUCAGUGCAACCAGAACCAGUGCCAACCACACAACCGAAUACUUUCAAAGAAGCUUCCGUUAUUCUUCAACUUUACUCCUUCCAACUCCGCUUAAAACAGGUUUAACAACAAAGACCCACGUCUUGAGGUUGCAGCUGCACUAUGAGUACAGUUUCAAGAAGAAACCCAGCCGGAAACAAGGAGAAUUUGCAGCCCAAAGAUGCAUUUAAAUCACUCAACAAAAAAGACUUUUCAAAGUCAACACCAGCUGUUUCAGUCCAAUUUAAAAAUGCUAAACUGCUUCAAAGGAAUGGUGCCAGUAAAAUCACCUCCAAUGGCGAGGUUCAGACAAAAGUCAAGUCCACGCGGAAAGACUUGACUGGAGGAUCUGUCAGUGGAGUUAAACAACAACAAAUACAUCACAAGGUCAUUCUUACUGAAAAGGCAGUCAAAAGCGGAAAGGUAGUGAAAGAUACCCUAAGAAGACCAGUUGGGGCGACUUCAUCAAAAGUUGCCCCCGGCAUGUACAAAGGUAAGAUUGUGGAAUCCAAAAUCGGAUCCAUUUGGAAGUCAAGUGUGAAUGCUCAAGGGACAGAAAGCCGAAGGCUUGUGGAUUUGGCAAAAAGAUCAAAAUCUAUAAGUGAUGUCCCUGGACGUGGUCUCCAAAACCCUGCACCUCCGAGAUCCAAGUCUGUGUCAGAUGGACGUGUGCAAGCGUCCAAACCUGCAGCCACCGGCCGUCCCCCUGCACCUUCCUCUAUUCGCCCUCUCGUCAAUACAGUCGUCUCGGCAACAAAUGCCAGAUCCAGAAACGCUACAGUGGCACCCGCCAAACCAAAGAUUGCACUUACUGAUAAGAAGGUCAAGAAGCCUCCUGUCGCAAGCACCCUCAGUCAGUACAGAUGUAGGCCUACUGAAACUGUGGAGGAAAAAAGAGAGAAAUUACAAGCAUGGCUGGCUUUAAAGGGCAAGACUCUCAAGAGACCUGCCAUGACAAGCGGGCACUCAGUCAAAACAGUGAUGGCAUCCGCAAAUCCAAAAGUUGGUCCGAAGUCGCAGUCCCAGUGUCACGUUGAGGCUAAGCCAGGACCAGAAGCUCAGGAAGUUUCUGUAACUGUGCAGAAGGAGACGACACUUAUAAUGAACACAACUUUGGACCUGCUAGAAAACUCUUCUGAUUUGCCUGUCGUUCAGGACGAAAUUGAUGGCGUUGUUGUGAACCUCUGUGAUGCCAUGGAAGCCAUGCAGAUGUCUUCAAAAUGCAUCGAUGAACUCCCACAGAGCAAAGAGGAAGUACAGAUUGAUGAUAAAAGUGUAAAGGAUGGGUUGAUGAACGAGGACACCAAGGAGCUAAUUCAUGAUGAACAGAGUGCGCAAAUGGAUGAACAAUGUCAGAGUGAUGUCACCAACGCUGACAUGGACGGCGCGUCACAGUUGGAUAACGCUUAUGUCGUGAAAUACAAUAUUAAGACAACGCCGUAUCUGCAAAGUGUGAAGAGGACAAUCGAAGGUGAGGUCCAAAAAAGCGCAUCGCGAAGAAAAAGCAAUAUCAAAGACUUGAAGUUUCUGACACCGGUGCGCCGCUCCCGUCGCAUCGAACGCAAGUCUUUACACCUGCCAUCGGCCGUGCUCGAUCACGACCCGUGCGUGUCCUCACUGGCCGAGCUAGCGAAGCUGGAUGACGAUCUCAACGCUUACGUUUACAGAAAAAAUACUGCUAUUUUGGGGGAACUGCAAGACCAAGUUGAAAUUUAACUAUGCAGAUGCAUGUGAUGGACCUUUCCUUUUAAUCACGAUUCUAAAAAAAUAUAUAUGGGUCUGAACUUUAAGCAUCUACCUUGUUUUGAGGUUUACUAAUUUUAUUGUAUAUAUCAGAAUUGUUUUGCCAACAUUGUUAUUGUCAUAUACUUGUACUACUUGCAUAUUUUCUAUAAAUGUUUGAAUUCACUACAAUAAAAGCAAUUUUGU